AAAAAACCACGUUACUGAAAGCUAAUUCAGAGGAAUAAUGAUAAUGAUAUGAACUUGAAAGGUCAAAAUUGGCCGAGUACAGUUUGUGACUGUAAAAGUAGCUGAGCAAAUCUGAUGUGUUCAGUAUAAUUUAAAUAAACACUGUUUAACUCCAGCACACCCAGAAAGGAGUACUGGCAUUAUGGAAUUAGCAAAAAAACUGGUUUUUGUGCUGAAUGGCCAAAAGACUCAGGUGGAUUUAUCUCAAAUCCACCCAGCAACUACUCUGCUUUCUUAUCUUCGUUGUCACACUCAGUACAAAGGAGCCAAACUUGGCUGUGGAGAAGGGGGAUGUGGAGCUUGUGUUGUGCAUUUAUCAAAAUACAACACUGAUACAAAAGAGACAGAGGAAUUUUCAAUAAGCUCGUGCUUGACACUGUUGGGAUCUAUAGAUGGUUGUUCCAUCACAACUUCUGAAGGGCUUGGAAAUUGCAGGGAUGGGCAUCAUGCUAUCCACAAAAGAGUUUCAGGUUUUCAUGCCUCACAGUGUGGGUACUGCACUCCAGGAUGGUGUAUGUCUCUUUAUGGUGCUCUUCGUCAGGCUGAAGCCAAAGGAAAACAUGAUCAUAGACAAGGGUUUUCAAAAUUUUCAGUUUUGGAAGCUGAAAAAGCCAUUGCAGGGAAUUUAUGCAGGUGUACUGGCUACAGACCCAUUGCUGAUGUUUGUAAAAGUUUUGCAGGGGAUGUUGAUUUGGAAGACUUGGGUCUCAACACCUUUUGGAAGAAAAAUGAAGUUCCUGAUCCAAAUAAGUUGCCCGAAUACAAUUCAAUUGGACUUUCUACUAAUUCCAAAUUCUGUAGAAAAAGCUGUGAAGAUUCUAUAAGACCCACAUUGAAUUUUUCUUAUAAAGAUGAGUUUAGUGGAGAAGAACGUGUUUGGAUCAGACCAUCCAGCUUGGAUGAUAUUUUGGGGGCCCUGGAAAAGGCUGUUAAGGAAAAUGUUGAACCCAAGCUUGUAGUAGGUAACACAAGUGCUGGAAUCUACAAAAACAUAGAACCUAAAGUUUUUAUUGAUAUCAGUAACAUCUCAGAGCUACAGGUUAUUAGAAGACAUGACUCUGAGAUUGAAGUUGGAGCAGCUGUAACCAUUUCCAAGCUUAUAGAAGCCUUGGAGGAUACAAAUGCCAUUGCAGAUGAUGUUCUGGAUAAUGGGAAAGUAAUCCCUACUAGAAAUUUAGUUUUUGAGGGUAUUGCCAACCACCUGAAAAAGGUAGCCUCUGGAUAUAUUAGAAAUACAGCUAGCAUUGGUGGCAACAUAAUUAUGGCCAAGAAAUUUUCAUUUGAUUCAGAUGUUGCAACCAUUCUCCUUGGAAUUAAUGCAUCAGUCAAAAUUAUCAUAUCAGAGAGAACAGAAUCUUUGUUAACCAUGGAGGAAUUCCUUGAUAAAACUUGUCUUGAUUCAGGGACACUAUUGCUUUCAGUAUACAUUCCAUACUGGAAUGAAAUUAGGAAUCCUGUUGAAGACAGUGGUAUCAAUGGGAACUCUGAUAUUUGUGAAAAUUUGUUGUUCAAAACAUAUAGGGCAGCUCCUCGCCCGCUUGGUAAUGCAGUGUCUUAUGUCAAUGCUGCUUGCCUGGCUCAAAUUUAUCCCAGUAGACGUCAAGGAAAUCUGGUUGCAAAGAGUCUUCGACUUGCUUUUGGUGCAUUUGGGGUGAGGCAUGCUAUUAGGGCUACCAGUGUAGAAGAAUUCUUAGUCGAUAGAGCUAUAUCACCUGCUAUUCUUCUUGAGGCAAUAGAAAUGCUUAAACUACAUGUCAUUCCUGUGGAAGGUACCCGAAAAUCUGCUUACAGGCAAAGUGUGGCGGUGGGUUUUCUUUUUGACUUUUUAAGUCCUCUUGUAAAAGAAGUUGUCCCUCCUCGCAUCAUUGAUUCUGUGCAAGUUAACAAUAGCCAGAAUGGCAAUACUCCCAAUUGUGGGAAAUGGCCCUGCAAACCAAAAAGCAUUACAGCUGGUAAACAAACAAUGGAAUUUCAUCAUGAGUACAAUCCGGUAGGCCAGCCUUCUCCAAAAGUUGCAGCAGAGCUUCAGGCAUCAGGGGAAGCUGUAUUUGUAGAUGACAUUCCUUCUCCAGAUAAUUGCCUAUAUGGGGCAUUUGUUUACAGCAAAAAGGCUUUGGCAUUAAUUAAGAAAGUUGGUGUAAAAGAUGCAUUUCAAUCUCCUAGUGUAGUUUCCUACAUAACUUUUACUGAUAUUCCUAAACAAGGAAGAAAUAUAGGCCUUGAUGGAUUUUUUGGCGAAGAUAUUCUACUUGCUGAAGAAACUGUGGAGUGCUUUGGUCAACCGAUAGGACUUAUGGUUGCAGAUACUUGGCAUGACGCAAAAAGGGCAGCUGAUAAAGUGACUAUAGAUUAUGAUUGUGAGACAUUAGGUCCUCCUAUUCUAUCUGUAGAAGAUGCAGUUGCAAAAAAUAGUUUCUAUCAAGUUCCUGGAUGGAUGGCCCCUAAGCCAAUAGGAGAUCUUGCAAAAGGAAUGUCAGAAGCAGAUAUUAGGAUUGAAUCUGCAGAGGUCAGAAUGGGAUCUCAGUAUUAUUUCUAUCUAGAAACCCAGACCGUGUUAGCUAUACCGGAUGAAGACGAGUGCAUGACAGUCUAUAGUGCAUGCCAGAGCCCUGAUAUUAUACAAAAAACUAUUGCAAAGUGUCUAGGCAUUCCUAUUCAUAAUGUGCGGGUUAUAACAAGAAGAGUAGGUGGUGGAUUUGGCGGAAAGGCUUGCAGAUCUGUGCCUAUUGCAGUUACAUGUGCAUUAGCUGCAUACAAACUGAAGCGCCCCGUCCGGAUGUACCUUGAUCGUAAAACAGACAUGAUCAUAACUGGUGGACGGCACCCUAUCAAGGCAAUUUAUACAGUCGGGUUAAAAAAUGAUGCAUCAAUUACAGCUAUGCAUGUAGAUUUAUUCAUCGAUGCUGGACAUACAGUCGAUUUAAGCCCUAUGUUGCCCUUAAAUAUAGUAUCAACAAUGAAGAAGUAUAACUGGGGGGCUCUUUCAUUUGACUAUAAAGUAUGUAAAACAAAUCUACCGAGUAAAUCUGCAAUGAGGGCCCCUGGAGAAGCACAGGGAUCUUUCAUUGCUGAAACCAUUAUUGAGCAUGUUGCCGAAAUUCUAAGUUUGGAUCCAGCUGUUGUGAGAGAGAAGAACAUGCACACACUCGAAAGUACCAAGCUCUUCUAUGGCUCUUGUGUUAAGAGUUCUAUUGAUUAUACAUUUCCUUCAAUAUUGGAGAAACUAAAGCAAUCUGCAUCUUUGAAUGAGAGAAUGGAGAAUAUUAGAGAUUUUAAUGUUGCUAACAGAUGGUUUAAAAGAGGUUUAUCCUGGGUACCGUGCUUUUAUCCAGUUAGGCUUCAAUCUAGACCAGCAAGAGUAACCGUAUUUAAAGAUGGCUCUAUUGCUGUAGAGGUCGGAGGGGUUGAGUUAGGUCAGGGAAUUUGGACUAAGGUAAAGCAGAUGACAGCAUAUGCUCUUGGGCAGUUAUGGCCAGGUUUAAGUGGAGAUAUUAUGGCAAAAGUUAGAAUAAUUCAGGCAGACAGUAUCAGUUUAGCACAUGGAGGACUUACAGCUUCAAGCACCACAUCUGAGCAAAGCUGUGAAGCAGUUCGACAAGCUUGUAACAUAUUAAUUGAGAGACUUCAACCAGUUCAGACACUCUUAAAUAAGAGAAAUCCAAAUGGUUUCUCCUGGAUGGAUUUGAUUUUUCAGGCUCAACUCCAAUCAGUGGAUCUUUCUGCACAAACUUACUGGGUUCCUGAUUCAAGUGCUUCACAAUAUCUCAAUUAUGGUGCUGCAGCAACUGAGGUUGAGGUUGAUCUCCUUUCGGGAGCAACUACAAUAAUUCAAACAGAUAUCAUUUAUGACUGCGGAAGAAGCUUGAAUCCUGCUGUGGACCUUGGACAGAUUGAAGGUGCUUUUGUUCAAGGAGUUGGAUUCUUCAUGACGGAGGAACAUGUAGUUGACAAGAAUGGAAAGCUUGUAUCUGAUGGAACAUGGACAUACAAAGUUCCUACAAUUGAUACCAUACCUCAAAAGUUUAAUGUGGAGCUACUUAAUAGCCCUCUACAUCAAGCACGCAUUCUCUCUUCAAAAGCUUCUGGUGAACCACCUUUGCUUCUAGCAUCAUCUGUUCACUGUGCAAUAAGAGAAGCUAUAAGGGCAGCACGCAAGGAGCUUGCAACUAAUAACAACAAACACUUCCGAAUGGACUCUCCUGCCACCAUGGAUGUCAUUAAGUCUCUAUGUGGCCUUGAUAGUAUAGAACUCUAUUUAAAGAGUUUGAGCAUUUCUAGUAAACAAUAGCAUGAUGCUUUUGAAACCAUGUUUUAUAGUCUACCUCGACAUAGUUAUGUAAAUAUACCCUGAAACAGGAAAAAGUGACCACCGCGUUUGGUGUAAGGUAAGGUAUGGUAUUUAUCCACUUCUAAGGCAUGGAAUGCUAAUUCCUCACUCUAUCAAGUACAACCGCAAUCUCCUAUUUUCUUAUAUCUUUUUCUACAAAUCCAGGAAUGACACUAUUUCUAUUAAUCACCCUGUUGAGAUAAAUUUUCAGUUAUGACCAAAAUAUAUAUUUAUCCAUUUGCAUGGAAAGUUAGAAUGAGCAUAGUGGAGAUUUAAGCUGAUAUGUGCAAGCAUUCGGGUUCAGCCAACAAAGUUUAUAUUCAUCAAUGGAGGAACCCACACCAACAAUUACUGACAGAGAUGUGUGCUUGAUGACAGUGAACUGUACCAAUCAUGUCAACAAUAUCCUUUCAGGGCAGCAACAUUCCUAGACAACAACAAACACCUUUGGUGACAACAACCACUAACAACAAUUUUCUCACAACGCUGAAAACAAUGCCACACAUCAAGCAUAAUAUCUUACAUGGGGAAAGAAAAAAUGAACUAAACAGGGAAGCUAUUGGAGACUUAGUUGCCAAAUCAGUUACGGGUCCGUGGGUACAGUAUGCCAAUA